AUGAAGAUCGCCUUCUUCUCCACGCACAGCUACGACAUUGAGUCGAUGGAGCGUAUCGCCAAGGAGGACGGUGUGACCCCCACGCACGAGAUUACCUUCCUGGUGCCGCGUCUGGACCACACGUCUGCUAAGUUGGUCGAGGGCUGCGAAGGUGUCUGUAUCUUCGUCAACGACAUCGCUGAUGAGGAGUCUCUGCGCGCCUUGCAUGCCGGUGGCAUUCGUGCUGUAUUCCUACGCUGCGCCGGCUUCGACAUGAUUGACCUCAAGGUCGCCAAGGAGCUCGGUAUGGCUGUGACCCGCGUGCCGGCCUACUCACCCUACGCUGUUGCUGAGCAUGCCGCCGCCUUGAUGAUGACACUGAGCCGUAAGAUCCACCGCUCUUACAGCCGUACGCGCGAGCAGAACUUCCGUCUCGCUGGCUUGCUGAGCUUUGACAUCAAUGGCAAGACCAUCGGCGUUGUCGGUACGGGCAAAAUCGGAGCUUUGUUCGCUCGCAUCGCUGCAGGCUUCGGCGCCAAGGUGCUUGCUUACGAUGUGGUGCAGAGCCCCGAAGCUCUAAGCUACGGCGUCGAGUACGUCGGCCAAGACGGGAUCUGGGCUCGUGCCGAUAUCAUCUCAUUGCACGCUCCUCUCUUUCCUAGCACCAAACACAUGAUCAACGCCGACAGCAUUGCCAAGAUGAAACAGGGCGUAACGAUCAUCAACACCAGUCGUGGUGGCCUUAUUGACACCAAGGCGCUGGUGGAAGGACUUAAGAGCGGAAAGGUCCGCGGUGUCGGCCUGGAUGUGUUCGAAGGUGAGGGCGAGUAUUUCUACUCGGACUGCUCUGGCGGUAUCAUCGCCGAUGAGACUCUCGCUCGUCUCUUCACGUUCCCCAACGUGAUCAUCACUGGCCACCAGGCUUUCUUCACCAAGGAGGCCUUGGACAACAUCGGCCACACCACCAUGAACAACAUCAAGGCAUACGCGGCCAAAAAGGAGUUAGUAAACGAGGUCAAGUAA